GCUGGGGUCUGACAAUAGGUUCGUUCGAUCGGUUUUGGGUAUCAAUCUGUGGGCCAUUGUUGGAGAUUCGCGACCUUUUCGGGCCUAAACAUAAUCGAUUGUGGCUGAUAUGUCUAAUGAGGGUUCGAGCUUAGUUCAAGUUCAAUGCAAAGCAAACGAGUUUGCCAAUUGCUCGUUAGUUGGUUUUCGCUGAAGGACAGUCUAUGUAUCUUUUUGGCCAUAUAAAGCCGCGGACGCAACUCCGAAUCAGCAUCAGUCACUCCGUCGACUUCACAGCACCAAAAACCACCAACUUCAACAUGUUCCGCUUCAUUGCUAUCUGUGCCCUGGCCACCAUUGCCGCCGCCGCUCCGGGUUUCGUUGAGGAGCACCAUGUGGCCGUGGCUACCCCCGUUGUGGCCAAGGUCGGCGCUGUGGUGCACUCUUCUCCCGUGGCCACUUCCCACCAGAGCUUCACCCAGUUCCACAACCAGGCUGCGCUCACUCCCGUGGUGAAGCAUGUGGUUCCUGCCGUUCCAGUGAUCAAGACUGUGGUUCCUGCCGCUCCUGUCGUCAAGCAUGUGGCUCCAGUGGUUCCAGUGAUCAAGACUGUGGCUCCUGUUGUUCCAGUGGUCGAGCAUGUGACUCCCGUUGUCCACCAUGUGGCUGCCGCCCCCAUUGUGCCCGUCGUCAAGCAUGUGGCUCCCGUUGUGCACCACCAGACCUAUGUGGCUCCCGCUGUCCACCAUGUGGCUGCUGUGCCCGUUCUGAAGACCCUGCCCCAUGCCGUCUCCCACCAGAGCCACACCCAGAUCCACCAGAAGGCCUUCAUCGCAACCCCGGUGGUCAAGACCAUUGCCACGCCAGUGGUGCCGCUGGUCAAGACCGUUGCUGUUGCUGCUCCUCUCGCCCAUGUCUACCACCACUAGGGAACUUGUUGUUUUCCCUCCAACGGAUUGUUAUGGUUGCUUCUGUGAAUAAACUCAAUUGUUGACAUUAGAAAUUGUGCAAUUUUGUGACUUUAGGGAAGGGGAUUUCGUCCAGUUUUGGGUUAAAACUUGGACACCGAAUAAUUUGAAUAGGUGAUCGAUUCGAUCACACUCAAUUAGCAUCUAAAUAAUCAAUUUGAAUGACUUUUAUUUGGGCGCGACUCAUUAGUAUUCAUAGUCUUGGUCAAAUC